UUUCAGGAAAUUAAAAAAAUCUAAUGUUAGAAGAAGAAGCGGAACGUUUGUUCCGUUUGGAAUGUCUGGAAACUCUGAACUGGCCACCAUGUGCUCCUAUACCAUUUCAUAUUACAAAACAAAAUCCAAGUGCUGAAUUUUAUAAUGUAGCCGACAAUUUGGACUCACUUUUGCAGCCGAUUGAUGCUCCGGCAAAUAUCAUAGCACAAGUAGAUUCAAACGGAAAAAUCAUAGGAUUUGUUGAGAAUGAACGAAUUAUUGUCGGUUCAGCCAACACUUCAAUGUCAAUCAACAGAGCUCCGUACAAACAAAGAAGCUUACAUACAACUGCUGGGAACAGUAUCAAGGGAUCGCCGGGAAAUGUACCAUUUCUUCCUGGAUUUUUAGAAGAAUUAGACGAUCUGCUGGCUGGUGAAACAACAGCAAAAUCUACAUCUGGAGAGGAAUCCAAAUUUUUGAGUUUUAAAGAUGAUGCAACUCUAUUGAACACAAUACCCACAAUCGGACAAAUUGUGCUACCGAAUCAUUCUUCAGUUAAGAAACCGGCUGAAACACCGAAAUCCAUUAAUAUCGAAGAAAUGGAUAUGUUUGAUCUACUAGAUAUGGUUACCUCUAACGAAUAUAUCAUACAUACAGUGGCGGCUCCUGUCAAAAAAUCUGAGUCCAUUGAAUCAGAAGAGACUCCAGAAGAUGAUAAAAAAGUUUCUGAAAACGAAAUUGAUGAAAUUGAAAUUCCAAUUAUUCCGGGAAACACGGAAAAAGUUAUCGAAAUCUUCGGAGCUGCAACUGAGCCAACAAAAGAAAAGUUUGAAUUCGCGCAAAGAUUGGUUUUGAGUGCAGAUGAAGAAGAUGAAUACAAGAGACUUGUGCCUACAAUGGCGAGAAAGUAUCCCUUCUCUCUGGAUCCAUUUCAACAAUCUUCAGUUUUAUGCAUGGAACGAGGUGAAUCGUUAUUUGUAGCUGCUCACACUUCUGCUGGAAAAACUGUUGUUGCUGAGUAUGCAAUUGCACUUUGUCAAGCACAUAAAACACGAGCCGUCUACACGUCGCCGAUUAAAGCAUUGUCCAAUCAAAAAUUCAGAGAUUUUAAACAAAUUUUUGGAGACGUAGGAUUAGUGACAGGAGAUAUUCAAUUGCAUCCAGAAGCAGCAUGCCUUAUUAUGACAACAGAAAUUCUUAGAUCAAUGUUGUAUAAUGGUUCAGAAGUUAUUCGAGAUCUUGAAUGGGUCGUUUUUGAUGAAGUUCAUUAUAUUAACAAUGAAGAAAGAGGUCAUGUGUGGGAAGAAGUGCUCAUUAUGCUCCCUGCUCAUGUGAAAAUUGUAAUGCUCUCAGCGACUGUACCUAACUGUGUAGAAUUCGCUGAUUGGGUGGGAAGAAUCAAGAAUCGGAAGAUCAAUGUAAUCUCAACAGAUCGAAGACCUGUUCCACUUGAACAUUUUCUGUACACUGGUCAAGAUGGAAAAACUCAAAAAGAUUUGUUCAAAAUUAUUGAUCGUAGUGGACAAUUCAUUCUGAAAGGAUACAAUGAUGCCAAAGAUUCAAAAGCUAAAAUUUAUGAGAAAGAAAAGGCUGGAGGAGCUGGUGGAAGAGGGACACAAAGAGGUGGAGGACGAGGUGGUGGCGGAAAUGGAGGUGGAAGAAAUUGGCCAGGAAAAAAUGAUAAAAACAUUUAUCUAAAUCUCAUCAAUUAUAUGAAAUGCUCUGAUCAACUUCCAAUGGUUGUAUUCGUUUUUUCGCGAAAAAGAUGUGAUGAGAAUGCUCAAAUGCUUGCUUCGAUGAAUUUAACAACUGAAGUUGAGAAACAACAUGUACGACUAUUCUUUUCACAAUGUGUUCAAAGAUUAAAAGGAUCUGAUAAAGAACUUCCACAAGUACUCACAAUGAGAGAUCUUUGUUUGAGAGGAUUUGCUGUACAUCAUUCAGGAAUUCUUCCAAUUUUAAAAGAAGUUGUUGAAUUGCUUUUCCAAAAAGGAUAUGUUAAGAUUCUUUUCGCUACUGAAACAUUCGCAAUGGGAGUCAACAUGCCGGCGCGAUGUGUGGUAUUUGAUAGUAUCAUGAAGCAUGACGGUACAGAACGUCGGAUGCUUAAUCCUGGAGAAUAUACUCAAAUGGCUGGACGUGCCGGAAGACGAGGUCUCGAUUUAACGGGUACUGUAAUUAUCAUUUGCAAAGACUCAACUGUGCCACAACCGGAUGUUCUCAAAAAUUUGAUCAGUGGCCAAGCUCUUCGAUUAGAAAGUAAAUUCCGUGUCACAUACUCGAUGAUUCUCAAUUUGCUUCGUGUUGAACAAUUGAAAAUUGAAGAUAUGCUCCAAAGAAGUUAUGUGGAAAGUGAUUCUCUGAGAGAAUCAAAAGAAAAACGAAAAUCAUUAGUUGAUACAAAGAAUGCAAUCCAAACAAUGUCAACUAUCGAAUGUUCAACUUGUUCUCCAAAUUCUCAACUUAGAGAUUAUCAUGAUGCACUUGCGGUUUUCUUGAGAAAAAGUGAACAUAUUUGGCCGAAAUUAAACGAUGAAAAUGUGAUCAACAAAUUACUCUGCUCAGGACGAUUUUUGAUUGUGAACAGUGCACAGCAACAACUUCAAAAUGAGUGUGUUCUAUUGAUUAAAGAAUUAAAUAACAAGACUCUACAGAUCCUUGUUGCAUCGGCCGACGCGGAUGAGACAACUAACAAAAAUGCAGCCGCUAUUGGUUUCUCAAAACUGCCAAAAUCAGAACUCAGCUGGUUGACUGAGGAAAACUCUUUACUAUCAACGUCGAAAUUCGGAACUCGCGGAGCUGCACACUGUUCUACAAACAUCAGAAGUUUCAGACUUUGUGAGAUUCCACUCUCUGGAAUUGUCGCUGUAAUGAAAAAGUGUGCAAAAGGAGUACAAAGCGGUGAAAUUCUACAGGAAUACAAUAUGACACAGAUUCCCAGAUUCAGAGACAGAGAAUUGUCUGAAAAUGUGAAGAAACUUCUUCAACAAAUUACGACCGCUGUUCCUGGAUUGAAAAGUGGCGAAAUUGAGACGUAUACAUGGAAAGAACUUGGAUCAUUUUGUCAGAAUCUUGACACGAGCUUCGACACAGAUUUAUUAGAGAAAUUGGAAUAUAAUCUCAAUUUACCUCAAUCAUUCCCUGCUCGACAUUGUACGCGAUUUGAUGAACAUUUUUCUGUACUACGUGAUCGAAUCAGAAUUGAACGAAAAAUCGAAAGUCUUGAAUAUGAGCUGUCCAGCGAUGCAUUGUUGCUCAGUGAAGAAUAUCAUAAUCGCCUGAAAGUUCUUGAAGCCCUUAAUUUUGUCGAACAAAAGAUGGUCAGUUUGAAAGGACGAAUUGGUUGCGAAAUUCACCAUCAAGAGCUUCUAAUCACUGAACUCAUUUUGGAUUAUAAAUUCCAUCAACGAUCUCCGGCCGAAUUGGCUGCUCUUCUGUCAACUCUUACUUGCCAAUAUAAUAGUGGAAGAGAAAUGCAAUUUGGAGGGGAUACGGUGUUUGGUGAAAUUAGUGAAAGUGUGAAAUCAGUUCUCACAAGAUUAGAAUCUGUGGCAUCUAAACAUAAAUCUCAAAUUUCUGAUUUGGGAUGUGAAAUUCGAUUUGAUCUGAUGGAAGUUGUGUAUGAAUGGGCGAAUGGAACACCGUUCUAUCAAAUCAUGGAAAUGACUGAUUGUCAAGAAGGCCUUAUCGUUAAGUGUAUUCAACGAUUGGAUGAAGUUUGCAAAGAUGUUAGAAACGCUGGCAGAAUUGUUGGAGAUCCUGCUCUGGUUGAAAAAAUGGAAGAAGUUAGUGCAUCAAUUCGACGGGAUAUUGUUUUUGCAGCCUCCCUUUAUACUACCGUCUGAUUUUUGAUUAACCUGUGAUUUAAAUUUUGUAGAAACCGGUUGUAUUUUUUGUUGUUGAACAUUUGCUCUAGACAAAAAUAUUUAAUUUUAAUAACAUGAUUUUUCAG